GCUAAAAAUGAAAUUAAUAAUAAUUUCCAUAGUAAUUUGUUAUUUACGGGCACCCAUAGAAGUAGAAACAACUAAGAUAUUAGCCAUUACAGGACUACAACAACCAAAUAAAUAUGCUGUCCUAAUCUCGAUACUAAAUGGUCUCCAUGAAAAAGGUCAUCAAAUAACAGUAGUUUUAAGAAAUAAUAAACACGAUGAACUACAUGAAAAUAUACGUCAAAUAUUGAUACGGGAAAAUGAAGAAAUCUAUAAAGAAUUUCUAGCUUUUUCUACUAGUAUUUUGGAUAAAAGUUUCUUUGAAAAUCUACAAAGCUUAUUUAUCAAAGGUGUUUUUGUAACAUCGGAUAUUAUUAAUAAUCCCAGUGUUAAGGAGAUUAUGCAACAUGAACAAUUUGAUUUGAUAAUAUUUGAAACAUUUAUGACGGAGGCCCUUUAUGGUUUGGGAGAACAUUUCAAUGCUCCCAUGGUGGGUAUGUCAAGCUUUGGUACUACAUCCGCUUUAGACACUUUGGUGGGUAAUAUAUCUCCCAUAUCCUUUAUACCCACACUCUUUAUACAACAUUUAUUUGAGGUGACAUUUAUGCAUCGCUGUUUAAAUGUGGCUUUAAGUGCGGUAGAUAAAAUGAUUUUUGAUUUAUUAUAUUUACCGCAUCAGCGUAAACUCUAUGAAGAACACUUUCCAAAUGCUACGCUGACAUUUGAACAGGUAAAUCGUAACUUUUCUUUGGUGUUAGUAAAUCAACAUUUUUCUUUAAAUUUUCCUCGACCCUAUGUUCCCAAUAUGAUAGAAAUGGCUGGUAUACAUAUAGAAAGUAAAUUGGAGGAAUUACCUUUAAAUGUUCAACACUUUUUAGAUCAAUCUCCUGAGGGUGUUAUCUAUUUUUAUUGGGGUGUACAAACCUUUAAUCUGGAUCUCAAUAUCUCAGCCUUACUACUUAACAUUUUGAAAAAUCUUAAUUUUAAAGUUAUCUUCAAUAUAGAUAAUAUGCCGCCUCCAGAGCAGCAAUAUAAACAUAUUCUUGAGAUUUCAAAUAUCUCCCAUCAUUGUAUAUUGGCCCAUGCUAAUGUUAAAUUAUCUAUAAUAACUGGUGAUUUAUUAAAUGUUAUAGAUGCGGUUUAUUUUGCCAAACCCGUUUUGGGCAUACCCAUUAUAGCUCAUCAGCACUUUAACAUUAAUAUGGUCAUUAAAAUGGGUUAUGGUUUAGGUUUAAAACUACAACAACUCAAUGAAACAAUGGUGAAAAAUACAAUUUUAGAACUUUUAAAUAAUCCUCUUUAUACACAAAAAGUCCAGAAAUUAUCAAGAGUUUUUCGUGAUCAACCUAUGACACCUAAAGAGACGGUCUUGUUUUGGAUUGAAUAUGUGUUGAGACAUGAGGGUGCCGUACAUUUGCGCAAUAAAGGAAGAUUUUUGAAUUUUUGGCAAUUUUAUAAUGUCGAUGUUUUAUUAGCCUUUACGGGGGCAUUUGUUUUAAUUGUAUUUUGUGUUUGGAUUCUAAUGAAAUGUAUGUAUUUUAUAUUGUGUAAAAGUAAAAGUAAUUUAAGAAUAAAAGUUAAAAGUAAUUGAAAAUUAAUAAA